AUGUCUCGAGAGACGCCAAAGGAGAGUCUGGGCUUCUUCUCCGUGCUUCUCGGACGCGGCACCACCAACCUCAAGCAGGGAGCAUCACAGGGAGUCGAAGGACGUACCGUACAGCCGGCAACAUCACAGGGCUCGACUGCAGCCGCGAGAGCCUCCCUGUCCCGAGAGACAAACCGCAGAGACACCGCCGCCAAUGCUCCAGCGCCACGGGUGAGCGGAGCUGCCGCAUUCGAAGCAGCCGUGCGCAGCCAUGCGCGGUCAUCCAUGGACCGGUCCAGGUCGAACAUCCGAGACGAUGCGCGGCCCCAGCAAUUGAGUUCGGCGAUGCGAUCGUCCCAGAAAGAUCGAUUCUUCGAUGCGCACGAGGGGCCGGAAGAGCCGAAGCAAAGCACGUCAGCCCGGUCUCGUCACGCGCGCCACGUCUCGUUCCAAUCGCCCGCCAGCUCCCUUCGGAAGGGCCGAAGCGUCGAGCGCGGCAUCGAUGCGGCCGCUCGUAGCAGCCGCAAGUCGCUCUCAACGCCCGCCCCAGCCAGGACCGAGCCACGGCCCACGAAAUCCAAGCAUUCGCGCAGUCUGUCGAAAGCGGAGCAGGAAGCGCGCGACUGGAACUCGUCCACGGCCACGCUACAAAACGUCGAGGAACCACGCGCUCAUUCGACGAGAGAUCGACGCCCCACCAAGGGCGCCUAUCCGUUGGCGACGGAUGCGCGCCGCGACUCGUUCCAGGCCGUGCGUGCUUCGGGCCCCGACCGAGUCAUCAUCGUGACCAGCGCUCCUGGGACGCUAGAUCGCAGAGCGCCUCUGGAAUCCAAGCCGUUCGCAUCUCCGCAGCUGGCAGCACCGGUGCCAGUGGCACGGAGACCAGGGCCCACACCCGUCGUUGCUUCAAAGACGAGGCACGCUCCUCGCGACGGCACCAAGACUUCGACCAGAGAUUCCGCCGUCGAGCCUAGCAAGUCGAAUCGACAGCGUUCUGGCUCGGCCAGGCCGAGCGCGGCUGACGUCGAUGCCGACGCUGCCAGGGCUGCACGCAGAUCGCAGAGGCGGAACGACACCAACGCGCCGCGCAUCUCGACGUCCUCGCGGCCCCUGCCCACCGCAGAGAUGGGCGACAGCAGACGGCAUCCCGUUUCGCAAACCGAUGGUGGCAUGCUGCCGCCCCGCGACCGCCACGCCGACUCUCGUCUGCGAGGGCUGCGCAGUUAA